UCACCUCACCUGCGUUGGACAGGCUGUGGUUCUACUUUCCUGUCCUGAGCAUCAGCAAUAUUUGGGUGGAGGGAACUGUGCAGGCAAGGUCAGUAACCGUGGAAGAAGUGUGCCAGCAGCCUACGGACCCCUGCGCCGAAAGAACCGUUCUGGCUUCUCGGGGGCUGCGACCGGCAACUCCUCGCACCCGUUGUCCACGGCGUCACCGAGAUACUACGGGCGCAGAGAGCAGAGACCCGGCGCGGGGUGCCCGCAGCCGCCGCCCCGAGCCGCCCGCCGGGCGGGCAUGCGGUAGGACCGGGCCAUGUAUUGGAAGAGCGAGCCGAUGUUCGUCUGCAGGCUGGAGGACAAGGACCUGCCCGCGCUCGGCGGCCCCGCGGAGAAGGCCAGCCCCGCCGUGGCCGACGAGGACUCCUGCCCUUCUUCCGCCGCCCUCUCGCCCUCCUCCUCGCCGCGGUCCAUGGCCUCGGGCUCCGGCUGCGCCCCCGGCAAGUGCGUGUGCAGCAGCUGCGGCCUGGAGAUUGUCGACAAGUACCUACUGAAGGUGAAUGACCUCUGCUGGCACGUGCGCUGCCUGUCCUGCAGUGUUUGCAGAACCUCUCUGGGAAGGCACACCAGCUGCUACAUCAAAGACAAAGACAUCUUCUGCAAACUGGAUUAUUUCAGGCGGUACGGCACCCGCUGUGCCCGCUGUGGGAGGCACAUCCACUCCACCGACUGGGUCCGGAGGGCAAAAGGAAACGUCUACCACUUGGCAUGUUUUGCCUGCUUCUCCUGCAAAAGGCAGCUUUCUACUGGAGAGGAGUUUGCCUUGGUUGAAGAGAAAGUUCUCUGCAGAGUACACUAUGACUGCAUGCUGGACAAUCUGAAGAGAGAGGUUGAAAAUGGUAAUGGGAUUAGUGUGGAAGGAGCAUUGCUAACAGAACAAGAUGUUAAUCAUCCAAAACCAGCAAAAAGAGCUCGGACCAGCUUCACAGCAGACCAACUCCAGGUUAUGCAAGCACAGUUUGCUCAGGACAACAAUCCAGAUGCACAAACUCUUCAGAAGCUGGCAGAAAGGACGGGCCUGAGCAGGCGUGUUAUACAGGUGUGGUUUCAAAACUGCAGAGCACGCCAUAAGAAACAUGUUAGUCCUAAUCACUCCUCUACUGCUCCUGUCACAGCCGUUCAACCCUCCAGGCUGUCCCCACCCAUGCUAGAAGAAAUGGCGUACUCUGCAUAUGUACCCCAGGAUGGGACUAUGCUGACUGCUCUGCACAGCUACAUGGACGCUCAUUCACCUACAGCUCUCGGACUCCAGCCUUUGCUACCCCAUUCAAUGACACAGCUGCCACUAAGUCACACCUGAUUCCUUUCUGUCAGGGAUAUAAGCUAUUAAGGAUGUAACCUUAAGUCAUUUAUUGUGUAUUAAAACUCUCCAUUGGAAAGAUAGUAAUGUUAACUUUUUAUUUAACAUCCAAAGCAUUUUCAAGCUCAUUUUUGCUGCCCAGGUAUGUAAGUAUAUUUAGCCUGCAAGACACUUUUAUGGAUUCUGCAUAAAUAACAAUUCUGUUGUUUACAAGCCUUACUAAACACCUUUUUUUUUUGUAUUGUCUGGAAGUAGUCCACUCUAGUUAUGUGUGUUAAUUUAUUUGUCAUCAAAAGAGCACUUUGCCUAAAAGAAAGGACUGACAAUUGUGCAAAAUGUUUACAAUUCUUUGUGAAAUUGUAGUUAAACAUUAGUUUGUAUCUGUAAGUUAUUGCUGGAAGUAUUCCCUGUAUUUGAGUUGUAUACAGCCUCUAUGUUAAAGCUUAUUUCUGUGAGUUUACCAAAAAAAAAAAAAAAAGAACAAUUUUGGUUGCAGAGAUUUUCAAAACAAACUGAAUAAAGUUUGUGCUGUAGCAUGCCAAGCAAAAA